GCACAAUCCCGGUCUGUGCACUAUUCACUCCUCAAACGUGGGUCCAGUCUGAGAGAAAUACACCUUACCUCUACAUCUCCUCAAAGGACACAACAAAUACACCAAAAAUGGAGAAGAAAAGCGAGUUAAAUGGCCAUGCGCUGCCGGAGUCCCCAUCCACCGAACCGAUUUUGGAAAAGGCUUCGUGGAGGCAAAGACUGGGGGAGUUUUUGCGCAAGAACCUGCUCGUGAUUUUGACCGUUUCUGGGGUGCUCGUGGGCGUCGGGCUGGGCAUGGGGGUGCGUACUAUGGCCCUAACCAAAGCGCAGAUGACUUACUUCGCGUUCCCGGGUGAGAUGUUGCUGCGUAUGUUGAAGAUGAUCAUUCUGCCGCUCGUGGUGUGCAGCCUCGUGUCCGGUGCCGCCAGCCUGGACACGCGCUCGCUGGGGAAGCUGGGGGGUAUCGCCGUGGGGUACUUCCUCGUGACCACGCUGAUCGCUUCUAGUAUCGGGGUCACGCUCGCCUUCAUCAUCAAACCCGGAGUGGGCGCGGGGGCUCUGAACACCAACCAUCUGGCUCUGGAGAGCGUCAGCAGCGACAAGGAGACGGCCGACUCAUUCUUGGACUUGGCCAGAAACCUUUUCCCAUCCAAUUUGGUGGCUGCUGCUUUUCGCUCGUACGCUACGGACUACAAGAUGGUGGCCAUUGGGAACAUGACCAAUGGAACAAAAAUCUACCAGAAGGUUCCAUAUGGCACAGAGUCUGAUGGCAUGAACAUCCUGGGCCUGGUGCUAUUUGCGAUGGUGUUCGGUGUUGCUCUGAGGAAACUGGGCGAGGAGGGGGAGGAGCUUAUCCGCUUCUUCAACGCCUUCAACGAAGCCACUAUGGUCCUGGUCUCCUGGAUCAUGUGGUACAUCCCAUUCGGCAUCAUGUUCCUGGUGGGCAGUAAGAUUGUGGAGAUGGAGGAUGUGGUUUUGUUGGUGGCCAGUUUGGGGAAGUACAUCUUUGCCUCGAUCCUGGGACACAUAAUUCACGGAGGUAUCGUGCUCCCACUCAUCUACUUUGGAUUCACUCGGAAAAACCCCUUCAGUUUUCUGUCCGGGCUCAUCACACCAUUCACUACCGCCUUCGCCACCUGCUCCAGCUCGGCGACCCUGCCCUCCAUGAUCAAGUGCGUGGAGGAGAAUAACGGAGUGGACAAACGCAUCAGUCGCUUCAUUCUGCCCAUCGGCGCCACAGUCAACAUGGACGGAGCUGCCAUCUUCCAGUGCGUCGCCGCAGUGUUCAUCGCUCAGCUCAACAACCACCCUCUCAACGCCGGACAGAUAUUUACUAUUCUAGUGACAGCCACAGCCUCCAGUGUGGGGGCUGCUGGGAUCCCUGCAGGAGGAAUCAUCACCAUCGCCAUCAUCCUGGAGGCAAUCGGGCUGCCCACCAACGACCUGUCGCUCAUGCUUGCUGUGGACUGGAUUGUUGACCGCACGACCACAGUAGUGAAUGUAGAGGGCGAUGCUCUGGGAGCUGGGAUCCUGCACCACAUAAAUGAGCAGGAGCAGAAGAAGCUGAAGCACCUGGAGGACCAGAGGCACCCGGACCAUGCAUGGGACCAGCAGCACGCAGAAGAGCUGUGUGAGGUGCGCGUGGAGGCUGUGGCAAACACACAGGCCCAAGAGGAGACGUCUCCCCUUGUCACCCACCAAAACUUGAGCCAAGAGGGGGCGCCAGAGGCCAUUGAGUCCGUGCUCUGAACACUGUUUACAAAGAUAGGUCCAGGUGUGUCGAAUCUCUAUUUGAGAUGUUAAGGUUUGUCGUUCACUGGCGUAUUCUGUCAAUUCAUGUCACCAAUGGAAAAAAAAUGACAUUUUAAGGAAACAUUUUUUUGGGACUCCCUAUAAGCUUGGCAUUUUGUCUGGAGGUGGGACGUAACAUUCUAUUGCAACUGUGGCAACCCACUUUCAAACAAUGUUUUCCUAUUAACUCGAGUGGCUAAACCUUUUUUGACAUGAGAAAGCAAAUUUAGACCUAAAACUACCAAAAACACAUCCAACUUUUGUUUGACUUUCCUUUGUUUCAUCAGGAUGGCUUCAUUUUACUCCAGUGCUGUAUUGUGUCUACUUAUUAUGAAAUUAACUCACUUUACCAUAGAAAAUACAGCACGCAGCAGUUGGCUAGCUUUGACUGACAUGGGACACUAAGCCCCACACCCGGACAAAAUGCAGAGAAUUUCGGGAGCCCCAUUUUUUUAGGGAUGGGACAAGAUCUUGUGCAAUAACAGCAAAUCAUAUCUAUAACCAAUAUUUUGAGAACAAAUGUGAACUGAAACACAAAAUGUAUUCAUCAUAAAUUAUUUCAAAAUCUAAUCCUAAUCUCGUGUCUCAUCUGGUCUCGUACGAAUCGUUUCUUGUUCCAUCCCUAAAUUUUCAAGUUUCAGACAUAUCCAGGGUGGUGCAGCAGUUAACUCUCGCCUCACAACAGAAACGUCCUGGGUUUGACUCCUGGGCAGUGUAGUUUCUGUUUGGAGCUGCACCCUGUGUCUCUUUACGUUUCCUCCGGUGUUCUGGUUUCCCCUCCCACUAAAAAUAUGUACGAAUUAUAUUAAAAAAAGUAGCUCCACAGCAAACCAGUGGCAUGGAGAGUUAUUAC